AUGAAGAAAAGGAACAGAAAAGAUCUGCAGGGCUAUUCCUUCAUUUUCUCGCACAAAGGCUACCUGACCUUGGAGGUGGAUCAACCUCGAGACCUUCUCCAAAACAUCACCGUCUGCCUCUGCUCUUUCUCCGACUCACCGUCCAAACAAGCCCUUUUCUCGUAUGCCACCAAAGAUCAAGACAAAGAAAUCUUGAUUUAUAAGAGUCGAGACUCGGAUGGGUUUUGGUGGUACACGGUCUACAUUGGUGGGAUGGCUGAACGCUUUCGAAUCCCAGAUUCUUAUCAGGCUUGGCAGCAGAUCUGCAUUGUUUGGGCGUCAGAGACGGGAGUGCUCACCUUGUGGGUGAACAAAAGACCCUUGGCCAGAAAGGUUGUACGGCAAGGCUAUUUCAUCAAACCCCAUGCUUUGGUCCAGCUUGGACGAGCCCACCAUGAGGACAUUUUCUUCCGCGGAGAGAUCCAACAGGUGUACAUGUGGAAUUACACUGUCCAUGUGAUCUCAUCUUCCAAUGAUCUGUUCUAUCUACCCUCCCUGAUCAGCUGGACCAACAUGAGCUAC